GGCAACACUAAAUUACAUACCUACAGAAAAGAGAUAAAAAAAGAAAAUCAGAAACCUAAAAACGACAGCAAUGGUCUCCUACGUGAGUGCAUUGUUGUACGGAAUGGGAGGCAUAGUGAUGGCCGGGAUGGCACUGUUGGUCGCUUUCCAAGAGAAGCUUGUUUACGUCCCGGUUCUUCCUGGUCUCACUAAAUCCUACCCGAUUACACCCGCCCGACUCCGACUUAUUUACGAGGACGUCUGGCUUCGAUCCUCCGAUGGCAUUCGUCUCCAUGCCUGGUUCAUCAAGUUCUUUCCCGAUUGCCGAGGUCCAACCAUUUUGUUUUUCCAAGAGAAUGCAGGAAAUAUCGCUCACCGUCUUGAAAUGGUUCGCAUAAUGAUACAGAGAUUGCAUUGCAAUGUGUUCAUGCUUUCAUAUCGAGGUUAUGGAGCAAGUGAUGGCUAUCCUUCUCAGCAGGGAAUUAUAAAUGAUGCUCAGGCUGCAUUGGAUCAUCUUUCUCAGAGAACUGACAUUGACACAUCUAGAAUAGUUGUAUUUGGAAGGUCACUUGGAGGUGCAGUUGGUGCUGUGCUUAGUAAAAACAAUCCUGAUAAGGUUUCUGCAUUGAUACUGGAAAACACUUUUACAUCUAUUCUGGACAUGGCUGGAGUUCUGCUGCCCUUCUUGAAGUGGUUUAUUGGAGGCAGUAGUUCAAAAGGUCCCAAACUUCUUAAUUUUCUUGUACGUUCUCCAUGGAGUACGAUUGAUGUUGUUGGCGAGAUUAAGCAGCCGAUUCUUUUUCUCUCUGGAUUGCAAGACGAGAUGGUUCCACCAUCUCAUAUGCAAAUGCUGUAUGCUAAAGCAGCUGCUCGUAAUAAUCAGUGCAAGUUUGUGGAAUUUCCUAGUGGCAUGCAUAUGGACACUUGGCUGUCUGGUGGUGAUCACUACUGGAGAACGAUACAGCAGUUCCUUGAUCAACAUGUUUCUGAGAAAAGAGAAACUGAAGCAUCAAGCAAUUAUACAGGUUUCGAGGGAAGGUGACUGUUGUGCAUGUAAAGUUUUUGAGAUUUAUUAGUUGGCUCAGACCAGGACCUCAAAUUGUUUCUCCCUUUUCUUGAAGUUGCAGCUGUUAAAAGCACACUAUGAGGAGUUGUUGGUUUAACGAACUCCAGUAGACGCCAGAACGAUGUGAAUGCUCUUUCGUAUACUGUAUGACUUUGACAUAUACACUGAAUACUUAAUCUCUUCUGACCAAUUCAUUGUAUGAAAUAAGAAGUCUUUGAAAAUGCAGAUGCUAGAUAGUUUUGUUGUAUUGAUGUGUAGACAAGACUGUUUAUAUGAUUAUAUCAUUACCCGGAUCCGAUAUGAUAACUGUUUCCUGGACAUACUUAAAAUUUUUGGUCUUUGAAGU